AACUGCUUUACCUCCAAAAACAGGAGACACUUCGCAUAUCUUCUACUUGUUCUGCUAAAAACAACCUCCCCACAUUUUCUCCAUAAUCUCUACGCCUGAUCCAAAAAAAAAAAAACCCAAUACUGCCACAGUAAUAAGGUUCAAGAAAGCAAGAAGAACUAAAGAACUUGCUGGGCUUUUCUUUAAAUAGAUAAAAAUCUCUUCCUACUCAUUUAUCCCAUCAAAGACCCCUCUUUUUCUCCAUUUUUGUGGGAUUUUUUCGUUUGUUGAUUAGUGAAAAUGCCAGAAGAUAUGGGGCUGGGGAGAUUGUCAGCAAUGGUGGUAGCAGUAGUUUUACUAAUGAAAUGCAUCAAUGGAGAAGAUCCAUAUCAGUUCUUUACAUGGAACGUGACUUAUGGAGAUAUCUAUCCUCUUGGUGUCAAGCAACAGGGGAUAUUGAUAAAUGGGCAGUUUCCAGGACCACAAAUUACUUCAGUGACUAAUGAGAACUUGAUUGUUAGUGUUUUCAACAGCUUGAAUGAGCCUUUCCUCUUAUCUUGGAAUGGCGUGCAGCAGAGAAGGAAUUCGUGGCAAGAUGGAGUUUAUGGAACCAACUGUCCUAUCCCUCCAGGAAAGAACUUCACUUAUGUCCUUCAAGUGAAGGAUCAGAUUGGUAGUUUCUUCUACUUUCCCUCCCUCGCCUUCCACAAAGCUGCUGGAGGCUAUGGUAGCAUCAGAAUUUACAGCCGUUCUGUCAUUCCUGUUCCUUUCCCACCUCCUGCUGCAGACUAUACCAUCUUGGCUGGUGAUUGGUUCAAGCAAAAUCACACAGAUCUGAGAGCAAUUUUAGAUGGUGGACAUGACCUUCCCUUUCCUGAUGGCAUUCUAAUAAAUGGCCGUGGAUCAAAUGGUUAUACAUUCACUGUUGAUCAAGGAAAGACUUAUAGGUUCAGGAUAUCGAAUGUGGGGCUUGUGACAUCCCUAAAUUUCAGAAUCCAGGGGCACAAGAUGUUGUUAGUUGAGGUUGAAGGGACCCAUACAUUGCAAAACACCUACGACUCCUUUGAUCUCCAUCUGGGACAGUCUUGCUCUGUGUUGGUCACUGCUGACCAACCUGCACGAGACUAUUAUAUAGUAUUCUCAACACGUUUUACCUCCCAAGUGCUUACAGCAACAUCCCUUCUUCAUUACAGCAACUCAGCAGUAAGUGUUGCUGGGCCUCCCCCUGGUGGUCCAACAACUCAGAUUGAUUGGUCUCUCAACCAGGCUCGAUCCAUCAGGCAAAACUUAACGGCUAGUGGACCAAGACCAAACCCUCAAGGCUCUUAUCAUUAUGGAAUGGUGAAUACUACACGUACCAUUAGACUGGCGAACUCUGCUCCUGUCAUCAAUGGUAAGAAGAGUUAUGCCGUGAACAGUGUGUCAUUUGUCCCAGCUGACACGCCACUUAAACUUGCGGACUACUACAACAUUCAGGGGGUAUUCUCUCUUGGUAGUAUGCCUGACAAUCCCACUGGUUCGGGUGGUUACCUCCAAACUUCAGUUAUGGCCGCUGAUUUUAGAGCUUUCUUUGAGGUGGUGUUUGAGAAUUCGGAAGACACUGUCCAGUCAUGGCACAUUGAUGGCCAUAUCUUCUUUGUUGUUGGGAUGGAUGGUGGACAGUGGUCACCUGCCAGCAGAUCAAACUACAACUUGCGUGAUGGAAUCUCUCGUUGCACCGUUCAGGUUUAUCCAAGGUCAUGGACUGCCCUUUACAUGCCUCUGGACAAUGUUGGGAUGUGGAAUGUCAGAUCAGAGAACUGGGCUCGUCAAUACUUGGGACAGCAAUUCUAUCUUCGCGUAUAUUCUCCUGCAAAUUCAUUGAGAGACGAGUAUCCUAUUCCAAAGAAUGCUCUCCUAUGUGGUCGAGCAUCAGGUCGCAAGACAAGGCCAUUUUAGAACUGAAAAAGCAGAAGAACCGUCACGAAGGGGUGACUGGUUUUACUAUUUGAGCUAUGAAAACAGAGUUCUUACUAGAAGAUGCCAGAACUCUACUUGAGGCUUUUAUCUUUUAUCCUGUCUUCCUGAGAAUCUCAUUUUCCUUUUAUCUGCAUUUGUCAACAAUUGACAUGCAGGAAAUGUUUUGUAAUUUGCAUCCUAUUCUGAUUGAUAUUUGUCAGGAUUACAUGUUAGCACAAUUACUUGGCAAGAAAGGACUAUUCCUCUGUCAGAAAAUAGAAUACUGAGCAAUUAAGUACUUUCUUAUGCAGAAAUCAGAAUUUUUUGUCUCAAAA